UAGAACCUCCCAUCGUCGUCAAACGCUGUUUCAAUAUUUCGCUUUGUUUAUGUCGCUCGUGGCCAUCGGAACGAGGACGAGCAGCCCAGCCGGACGCGUGAAUUACGCUAAACGAAGAUUUGGCAUCUGUAGAUAGGUAAAAGUUUAUGAAGAACAGUUACUAGUCGUUGUUCAGAAUACUCAAGUUAUGGAAGUUACAACAGAAGAGGCACAGGCUGUGCUUUUGGAAGGAAUGGAAGGUGCUCAGUACAUCACUAUCCAAAGAGCCGACGGAGAGUCCUUGAGCAAAGGAGUACCACUGUUAACUUUGAAUGGUGAAUUAAUCUCCGAAGGCAUGGUCGUGGAUAUGAUUAACGCUGGCGUUGGCACAGACUAUGGCACUGGCACGCAAUAUUAUGAGGCGGACGACUUGCUGUCGCAUGAAUUAACAGAAAAUGUGAAUUGUGUGAUUCAGGAAGAUCGCAGACUUGCCGCGGCCCUGGUCGCGGUACAGUUGCAUCAGCAGCAGAAACAGCAGCAACUCCAUCUCCAGUCACAGAACGAGGACCCGACUCUAUCAGACGUUUCACAUCUCGAGACCCUGGCGCCAGUGAAUUCGUACUCCAUUCAAGCAGUACCAGAUUCGAACGCUACUCCGUCCGUGUAUUCACCUUUGCAACUUUUCAAGAGGAUUACGCAGAAUGUAAAGCAAGAGUUUAUCAACGUUAAAAGUGAAUACGACGUUGAAGUUUCUACGGAAAGUAGUGAGGAUGCCAUAUUGGCAUCCGGACCCAAGAGAACCCUGCCACACAAAAAGAGGAUACCUCGGAAACUAAAGCAACAGCAGAUAAAGAAGAAUGUGGUGCGAAAAGACUACAGUAAAUUGGUUCAAGAGAAUGCGGCAGUUGAAUCGAUUAGCGAAGUUCAGACUAAUGUCUUUAAAUGUGAAUUGUGUAGUUCUAAGUUCAGCAGUCAGUUGAGGUUCUUCGAGCACUUAAAGGUACAUUAUGAACCGGUAAAACAAGAAACGCGAAUAGCUCAAGCAACAAAUACUAAUAUCUCCAUACCAGUGCCAGAAACAGUACACAGUUUAGAGAAUACCGUGAUUGAAGAAUUCAGUGAACCUGAAGAUCUUAUGGAGGGUAUCCGAAACGUGGUAGAAGAAACUGGUGCGCGUAUUGACGAUGAUGCGGACUCUCCGUUAUCUACUACAAACAACGAAUCAACCAUGUGGGCCAUUACUGGCGUCACAGAAGAGGUACAACAAAGGGACCAACAAAUGAAACCACCGGAAGAUAGCAAUGAUAAGAGUUCCAACGAGAAGGCAGAGACUGACAUUCCACAAACGGCCAAAAAAAAGAAAUCAUUAAAAACUCGAAAGUCAAGUAACGAGUUAACAUGUACUCAGUGUAAUCGUUCAUUCCACCAUAAAAAUAGUUUAGUUUACCAUAUGCGAUCUCACAGCGGUGAACGGCCGCAUCAAUGCGAUAUUUGUAGCAAACGCUUCUUUGCUGCCAGUGCGUUGAAAGUACAUAAAAGACUUCACAGUGGUGACAAACCAUACAAAUGCGAAGAAUGUGGGCGACACUUUCGACAAUGGGGCGACUUAAAGUAUCACUCGACGAGUCUUCAUUCGGAGCACAAACAGUAUCAGUGUGAAUAUUGCGCCAAAGAGUUUGCCCGAAAAUACUCUUUGAUCUUGCAUAGGCGUAUCCACACCGGCGAGAAGAACUAUCGCUGCGAAUACUGUAAUAAAACGUUCCGCGCAAGCAGUUACUUACAGAAUCAUCGUCGUAUACACACCGGUGAGAAGCCGCAUCCGUGCGUGAUAUGCGGCAAGCCGUUUAGAGUACGAAGUGAUAUGAAGAGACACAUGCAGACGCACAAUCGACCGAAAAAAUUGCUAAACAGAAGUCCGACGAAGAAAAAUGCGGAGCAGAUACAAGGUAACAAGAGAACACAGGCAAAAACGAUUCAGGAUCUCGUGAGAGAUCUGAAACUGAAAGUUGAAGCGACGGGUGUUGUGGAGAUUGUCUCGGACAAUCAGGAGGCCAUUUUGCCGCAUACAGGCGCACAAAACUUGGAAUACACCGUGGCGUCUACAGCGGAUACUGUAAACAGAGAUCCUUUGGAAGCGGUUGUGCGAACGACUGAUAGUAUGCAAUAUUUUUUUAUGUAAUCGUGGAAGUCUCAAGAGAAGAAAAUAUAUUUCAUU